CACCACACCAUGCUCGCCACGACAUCACGCCGCGCCGCGCUCGCGCCCACGAUGGUGCGCCAGGCCGCCUCCUCCUGGGCAGGCGACCAGAAGGCCAAGGGCAACCCACACGACGCUGCGCCGACCGACUCGCGCCUCGACGUCCUCCGCGAGGUGCUCUACCCGGGCAACUCGGCUGCUCCCGGCUCCGCAAGCCCAGUGGGCGCACGGCACGGCAACCACCUCGCGCGUAUCGAGGCGGUGCUCCCCAGCCACGAGGCGCACGAGACGAUCGAGCGCGCGUACCAGCUCCUCAGGCGGCGCGAGACCGAGGCCCGCAAGCGCGCCCUCGAGGCAAAGUUUGCCAGCUUGACUGCUGCGUGCGACGAGCUCGACGCCGUCACCAAGGCCGGCGGCGUCAACCGCCAGGUGUACGACUCGGCCAUGGUCCGCAUCUCGCAGGCCUCGGCCGCGUACGCCGCCGCCGCGCAGGGCAUCGCACAGGGCAAGCGCAAGACUGCCGAGUCCGUCUUCAUCGAGAACCGCGUCCCCGGCCUCAUCCCUCGCGAGGCUUGGGUCCCGACAGAGACGCGCGGCAAGGCGUGGAACUACGAGUGGGAGAGGCCGUCGAACGCAUAGUCUCGCAAACCAAAACUCAACCCUGUUCCGUACACCACACCCGCAUGCAUUCAUACCCAC